AUGAAAGUUCUCGUCGAGGAUACCUGGAUAAAUGACCAGGCUACCUCUUCCAAUUUGAGCGAGUUGGCAGACUGCUCCAUCGCGAUUGACGCAACCUACUGGCUCUCCCAGCUGCUCGACAGUUCCGCAGCUAAUGAGCCCUUGCUUCCUGCUCUCGGCGGCUUGACGGGCAUCGAGACGCAUAUCGAAGAGGCCCUCGAUCACUGGGAAGAGAAUGCCAUCAUCCCCUUCUUCAUCUUCGACGGCCAGUCCCUCACAGGCCAGGAUGAGGUCACACUCAAGCGCGCGCUAGCUGCAAACCAGCGUACAGAUGAGGCAUGGGACCUAUAUUCGCAGGGCGAGGCUGAACGUGCUGUCAAGAGCUUUGGUGACAGCCCUGGGGCCUAUCGUGUACAGAAUCUCUACUCUCUCCUGAAGGAUAUCCUCAACCGUCGUGGGUUGCAUUUCUUAGUGGCCCCUUACAACGCGUGCGCACAGCUUGCCUAUUUUGAGAUGAUUGACUCGGACCAGUGUGCUGGUGUCAUGGGUCCCCAGGAGCUUUUGGCCUACCCAAUCAGGGACGCCAUCAUCCGCAGCUUCAACUGGGAGGCCAAGACGGUCUCCGCCAUAUCGAAGAGGAGGAUCAUGCGAACGCUGGCCGUCGGCGAGUCUAUGCUUAUCGAUGCCCUUCUCAUGAGGGGCACCGUCUUCCUCAGCCCCUUCCCACCCCUGCAGGAAAAGUCGAUGUACCCCAGCUCACCCACCAUUAUGGAUGUCGUGAAUCUCCUGAGGACAUCCGACAAGUCGGUCGCCAAUGCCUGCGCCUCAUUCAGUGAUAUUCUUAAGCAGAGUCAAGAGCCUGAGUGGUUGGACAAGUACCGCAAGGCGCGGUUGGCCGUUCAGCACUUUAUCCACAUCACCGAGACGGGUGAGAUCGGUGUCAAUGACUAUGACCACCUCACCCAAGACAACCACGAGUACCUCGGCCUGCAGAUCCCCCCCGAGCUGUUCCACUACCUCAACACCGGUCUCAUCGAGGGGAGGAUCCUGAACUGUAUAACACACGGUCAGAUCCUCCUUCAGCCGACAUUGGAUGGAGUGGCGUCGGACGAGUAUAAGAAGCUUGUCACGACGAAGAUCAUUCCCAUCAAGGAGCAGACGCUGGGUCUCAUGAUCCCUCGCGUCCACAGGGGAAUAGGACACAAGGCCAUCACCCUACGGGUCUGGUAUGACCCCAAGUUCUCGUACAAGAUGAACCACGGCUCCCUGAACCCCCCUCCUUCUCAAAAGGUCGGGUCGUGGGAUGUCAAGGAGGAAGACAUCCGCGCCUUCUACCCCGCCGACUUUGCCGGACCCGUAGCCAUGGAGGUGCUGUCGCUCGUUAACACUGACUUUGUGCCCAAGACGGUUGCCUCGAGCAAGUCGAUCAAGGGCAUUGACAGCACCGAAAUGGUGACAUCGGUCGCCAUCUGGCGUUUCCUCCACCUGAGGGGCUACGUCGACGACUCACACAGGCUGACAACGUGGGGCACGGCCAUUGCCGCCACCUUCCUGGCGUUUAGUGAAUCCAUGGAGGGCCUCUCCCCCGUCUCCGGCAUCGACGAGGCAGCGCUGCUCGCCUUCGAGCUGGUCAAGCUUGGCGUCCUGGACGGACGCGCCGCCAGGUCCCAGCCUGGCUAUCCCAGGAACGGUAGCGAUCAGGAUAAGGCUGCCUUGUCCCUGAUAUCCCAGUGCGCCACCCUGCUCAAGCUUAGGCACGAAGCCUAUGGGUACACCGGACCGCUCAACAAGAGCCUCCUGUCAUUCCGUUCCCUGUCGUCGACGGUACGAGAGGCUGGCCGUGACCUUGUCGAGGCCAUUGUCGCUUCCAUGUUCCUGUUUGGCCAGAGCCAACGGCAACGGAGCGACCACGUCGAGAUCACUUUCCGCACCUUCUUUGAUGACGACGUGGCGACGGAUAACACCGAGGCACGAGCCGAGCGGCUCCGGGAGUUCCCCAAGACGUUUGUGCCCCACGCCGAGGCACUGGAGGAGGACUUCCGCGCAUGUGUCGGCUUCUUCAGCGCGCUGAAUAAGGGGAUACAAGUGCUCGAUAACAGCGAGCUGUCGGCGGCGAACAAGGAGGUGUGGGCAAGAGCCCAGGCAUACCUGGAUGCCAGGCCGUUCUGA